CGCCGGGGCGGGCGCGCGUCCGCGGCGGUGAUGGCGGUGCGUGAACGCGCGGCGGCAGCAAUGGCCGCUCUGGAGCGGCGGGUGCCGAGUCUCGAUGACUUCGCGGGACAGAGCUGGAGCUCGUGGGUGGAGCGGGCCGAGCUGCCCGCGGCCGACGGGGCUGAGUUGGAGGAGAAUAACAAAAACCUGAAGAAGUUGGAUGCCAUGACCCUCAUUAAAGAAGACAUGUCCAUCUUCGGGCACUGCCCUGCCCAUGACGACUUCUAUUUGGUUGUAUGUAACCAUUGCAGCCAAGUGGUGAAGCCUCAAGCUUUCCAGAAGCACUGCGAAAGAAGACAUGGGCCGCUCAGCAAGCUUUACGCCCGGGCCCCACCCCCACCUCCAGCCCCUGCCAGCUCUCAGAAAUGCCAUGUAGUGAACGGUCAGGGCCCAGCUUGUAGGGCCCCAGGUUCCACCAAAACCUCCUCCAGGGAGAAGGGCCAGGGGUCCCGGAGCCGUGGCCACCAGCCUCCAGAGAAGACCCAGAAGGACAACCUCUGCCUUUUCGUGCCUGUGGUGAAUCUGGAAAAGAUGUCCAGUCUCCCGAAGCCUGAUGGACACGGAAUCAGGGUGGCUCCGCCCUCUGCUUUCCUCAGCCAGCCGGCUGGCCUCACCAAGGACUCCCCUGGAAAAAACCCCAUGGCAUCCCCUUCUAAAGAACUUCCUGGCAGAGGGAGCAUCGAGAUAACCCCCAGCGAGGGCUCCAGUCACCGGGCUGAAGGCAGCCCGUCUGAAAAGGAGCCUGGUGGGGCCAGGCUGCCCCCUAAAACCCACCGGAAGAUGGCUCGGAAGGAGUGCGACCUCAACAGGCAGUGUGGGGUAAUAAAUCCAGAGACCAAAAAGAUCUGUACCCGCCUGCUGACCUGCAAGAUCCACUCCGUGCACCAGCGCAGGGAAGUCCAGGGCCGAGCCAAGGACUUUGACGUGCUGGUGGCAGAGCUGAAGGCCAACUCCCGCAAAGGGGAGUCUCCCAAGGAGAAGAGCCCAGGGCGCAAGGAGGCAGCUCUUGAGCGCCCCUCCCAGGAGCCCCCCUCCUCAGUCCAGGUUGUGGCAGCAGUGGCUGCUCCCAGCAGCACCUUCUCUGCUCGUGCCAAGCAGACCUACCCAUACUGUGCACUGCCCAGGUCCCGGGCCUCCUCUGAGAGUGAGUUGGAUGAUGAAGGCCCUUGUGGUGGUGAUGGGGACCCAGGCCUGUUCCCCUUCCCCCUGCCCCGGGGUGGUACCCAGGCCUCCAGCGAGGAGAGUGAGGAGGAGGGGACAUCUGAUGACCUCCACCUCCCCACUGACUGCCAUUAUGCAACCCGGCCCCCUCGGCCGCAGGCGUUCUGCACCUUUGGGAGCCGGCUGGUGAGUCCAGGAUGCUACGUGUUUAGCCGCCGGCUGGACCGGUUCUGCUCGGCACUGAGCUCUAUGCUGGAACGGCACCUCAGCUCACACAUGUGGAAGAAGAUCCCCCCGGCGGCUGAGCCUCCAUCCCACCUUGUCAGCUCCCCGCCAUCUGCUCCCCUGAGCCCAUCCUCUACGGGCAGCUGCCCCCGCCUUCCAGGCCCACCCCCCAGACCUGCCUGCCCAGCCUCCACGCCCCCCACCAAGGACAGCCUUGGCCCUGGCUACCCUGCAGGCUCCCCCAACGUGGCAGCCGCCUGCAGCCAGGCGGAGUGCAUGGGUGGGAGCCAGGCUAUCACCUCACCACUGCCUGCCAACACACCUUCCCCGUCCUUCAGCAAGCUCCCACCUUCCAAGGCCAGCAAGUCAUCCAAAGGCAAGGACGGGCUCGAGGUGGAGGCUCCUUCUCGAAAGCGAAAGUUAUCCCCUGGGCCCACCACUUUCAAACGGACCUGCGUCCUGGAGCCCACUGGAAAAGGCAAACCCUCUGGCUGCCGGGGCCUCUCGGCCAAGACUAAAACAGGCCUGGGCAUGGGGCUUAAUGGGACGGUGGAGCCAAGAGUGAAGCGGGCAGGGCCCCUGGACUGUCGGGGUUCCCCUCAUCAGCCCCCCACGCCAGUCAAGGCUUCUCACCUGGACAACCAGGGAGCGGCUGGACACCCGGCCAAGGCCCUGCCGACCAACUGCCUCUCUGAGGAGGAGGUAGCCAAGAAGCGGAAAAACCUGGCCACUUACUGCCGGCCAGUGAAGGCCAAGCACUGCCAGGCUGGUGCCCCUGCCGACGCGGCCUGCUCUGUGCGCCGCAAGAAGCCGGGUCCAGCCCUGGCCUUUGAGGAGAAGUGUUCUACACUGAAGGGCCACUUUCUGAAUUGGCUGUGGCCCUCACUCCAGGACUUGGAGCUACCUCUGUUCCCCGAAGGAGAGAAAGCUGGACUCCAUGAGCUCUGAUAAGAAAGUCAAAAGCCCAUUAACAAGAAAGUGCCUGCCCACUGCGAUGGAGCCGCCAGCACCUCCUCCCCUCCAGAUCCGGGCCCCAGGCUGCUGCCGCUUUUUAUAACUUUAUAUUAUUUUUUUUAAGAAAAAAAAACUCUUUAAAAUACCUCAA